AGCUUUAGGAUUCACUUACCAUCAGUCACCAGUACUAGCAUCUUUACGAUGGCGGAACACGCGUCGACGUCGUCGGGAAACAUGGAUCAACGCCGUAAAGAUGCGCUGAAGGCGUACAGAGAGAAAAUGCGAACGCAUGAGACCAUUAGUGAGAGCCUGAAGAAUUUGCGCUUCUCCCUGAAGGACCUUGAGAAGACGUACGAGAAGACGGAGGACGACAUCAAAGCCGUCCAGUCGGUUGGUCAGAUUAUUGGCGAAGUGAUGAAGCAACUAGACGAUGACAGAUUCAUCGUAAAGGCGUCAUCUGGACCCCGCUAUGUUGUAUCCUAUCGACCUACGCUCCCCGUUGAGAAGCUCAAGCCAGGGACCCGAGUGAGCCUGGACAUGACGACGCUGACAAUUAUGCGGAUACUGCCUCGCGAGGUUGACCCGAUGGUGUACAAGAUGAGCUUGGAGGACCCGGGAGGAGCGUCGUUCGCUGGUAUCGGAGGGUUGGGCGAGCAGGUUCGAGAGUUACGAGAGGUCAUCGAGUUGCCACUCCUGAAUCCGGAGCUCUUCUUGCGGGUGGGCAUCAAGCCGCCGAAGGGUGUCUUGCUCUAUGGUCCACCAGGCACGGGAAAGACUCUGCUAGCAAGAGCAGUUGCCGCAACAUUGCAGACGAAUUUCUUGAAGGUCGUGUCAUCCGCCAUUGUUGACAAGUACAUUGGUGAAUCAGCGAGGGUGGUGCGCGAAAUGUUCGGGUAUGCUCGCGAGCACGAACCAUGCGUCAUCUUCAUGGACGAGAUCGAUGCGAUUGGGGGCCGUAGAUUCUCUGAAGGAACAAGUGCCGAUCGUGAAAUCCAGCGGACUCUAAUGGAGCUCCUCAAUCAAAUGGACGGUUUCGACUCGUUGGGACGAACAAAACUAAUCAUGGCUACUAACCGGCCGGAUACUUUGGACCCGGCUCUCCUUCGGCCGGGUCGGUUAGACCGGAAGAUCGAAGUCCCUCUGCCAAAUGAGCAGGCCCGGCUAGAGAUUUUGAAGAUCCACGCCCAACCUGUCAACAAGAGCGGGGACAUUGAUUACGAGGCAGUUGUAAAGCUGUCGGAUGGCUUCAAUGGCGCCGAUCUGCGUAACGUUGUGACUGAAGCUGGUAUGUUCGCCAUCCGGGACGACAGGGAAUAUGUGACGCAGGAGGAUUUCAUGAAAGCUGCACGGAAGGUGGGUGAAGCGAAGAAGCACGAGACCAAGCUAGAGUACAACAUAUAAUAGUCCUUUGCUUCUAUGUAUUAUAGCUCCUCCGGACUCUUUCCCUGCGGUCGAGGUCUGUCAUGAUACCAUAACCUCUCCAUACACCGUUCAGCGCUCGAUUCGAUCAAGCACGUAGACAUUCUAGCAAAAGUCCAGGGAGGUAUCGCAUUAAACACUAAGCCUUACGGUAAUAAGUCGUCGUAUAAUACAGUGCCCGGGUGGCCGUAGAUUAGAAUCGGAACAGCCCUUUCUUCUUCUUCUUCUCUUCCUUCUGCACGCUUGACCCGCUGAUGCUGUUUACCGAUAUCGUGGAGUCAGCGAAGGACGUCUGUGAGGGCCUGGUAAGCCUGCUGCGAUCCUCUUUCUUUGAAGCCGGCGGGGCAGCUGGACGCUGAGGUGGUGGGGCAUCUCGAGAGAAGUACUUCUCAUCGUAAUAUUCUUGGAAGGUCCGCUGACCACCCUUAUGCUCGGGUAAGCCAUUCGGAAUGUGCUUGGAUCCGACCCCGCCCAGUUCCAGAACCUUGAGGUCGUCGACGAACUGUCGAGGAGCUACUGCAUGGGUAGAUCCAAUGAUAAUUUCCUUGUUCAGCGAGUUGGACAGGAGAUACGCCUCCCUCAUCUCCGAGUAAGUCAUACCGCCAGCAACGAACAACAGCAGACGCUGUCGGUUAUCAGCCCCAGAUGCCCCACCCGGCUUGGCCGCCCUGUGCCAGCUCGGUUUGGCACUUCGGAGGGAGGUUGCCUGGGGAGGCGCGGAACGCAGACUCGCAGCAGCAGGAGCGUUGGCCAUAGGCGCGUCCUUCACGUACGGGAACAUCGACGGGUCGAGCUUGUUCGCAGCUUGGUCCUCAACUAUCGUCUUCACUAGAGGUUUGAAUCGGGACAACUCGUACUCCUCGUCCUGAGACGAUUUCUGCUUGAUCUUUUUCUUUGUGUCGCGAUCGGACGCUCCCCUACUAAUUCGGACACCCAUGUGUACGAGGGCAUUGACAGCAUCCUGUUCUGGCAGAGACAGCCUCGCAUGCUGAUAUAGUCGUCGCCGAUCCUCGUCCGGAACACCAUCCCGGUACUGAAUAUAAAGCGCAACGAUGCGCACUUUGUUCAGGUUGAUAACUUCUCGGCUGUCUAAGAGGGGGACCAUCUCUUCAACCAGGUUUUUGGGACUCUUGCCCUCGGCAGUCAAGCCUGUAGCGCAGCACUGCUCGACGUUGGCUACAGCGGGCAGCUUGUCUUUCUCAAAUAUGGCCAUGCAUUCUUGUGCCAUAUUCAGGUGAAGGGAAAACUUCUCGCGCUGCUCUUGGUAUUGCGGCAGGUUCGCUAGCAUGUCCUUCAUGUCUGUAAGACUCGCUGCUCCCUCCCCCUGGAAGACACCAUUGUCUUGCAUAAACUUAUUGAAGUCCGCCAUGAGCUUAUCAAUCGCUUCGCGCAUGUGCAUAUGCCGGACAUCCGUCCAAACAGUAUCUUCGUCCGUUAGCGUCGCCGUCUUGUUCUCAAAGGACCCCAAAGAAGACUGGAACUUGUACGUGUAUUUCGUCCCAUCCUCUAUAGGGAGUAAGUCGUUCGCCAUGGCUUGGUAUGUGAAUUCGUGGAUAAAGGGAGCCAUCAUAUCCAUCGACCGGUCUGUGAUGAUGAGCGUGGCGCGUCCGCGCUCCGACUUCUUCGGGAAAUCAGAGUUAUUCCUCUUAUACUCGUCCAGGGCAUCCUGUACGCUAAACGCGAGUAGUUUCGUGAGAAAAUCCGUCUCGACGGACUCGUACGCCCGGGCCUCCGAACCCCGCGCGAGCUGCGUCCGC